CGGGGCGGUUGUUUAAAGCGGUGUGAAACAGGGGUGUGUGUGUCAGCUUUAAGUACCGCGCAGGACAUUCCAGGGCACCCUUAAAAUUCUGAUCCACGAACGGAGCGCAUUAAGACGAAAAGUUUCCAAAAGUUCUCACAGGCUGAGAGAUAACUACUCACGACGACACCCAGGUCUCAUCGUUGAUCCGAAGAAGAAUUCAUACAGAGAAAAAUGCCAGGUGAACGGUUAACAGUAAGAACUGCAUCAGAGAUUGGGCGAUUCCCCGGAGCAGCCCCACCCACAAGGGUGGAGUUGACCAUCCAGAAUGAGGGUGAGAAGAAGCAGGAGGAGGGGGGCUGUCUAUGGUGGCUCAGAAAGAUGUGCCCGUGCUGCUGUAAGCACCCAAACGCCACCUCAUAUGAUAUCACAGAUAAGGUGGAAUUCACCAAACUCCCAACCCCUGCCGCCGUCGUAGAUCCCCCCAAGCCGAAGCCCGAGAACGGAGAGGCAAAGGAAACAGAUGAAGGGAAGCUGUCGGUGUGUUCGGUGGACCUAUUGAGUUCCAAGGCAGGUCAGAACAGACAGGAGCAUCACACUGACCUGUAUCACGGGGAUGAGCUGAUCCUUCGCAGAGGCCAGACCUUCCAGAUAGAGCUGGAGCUCAACAGGCCCUUCAGUACUGACACUGACAAGCUGUACCUGGAGCUGAAAACAGGUUCCCUGCCCUUGGUAUCCAAAGGGACCCAUGUCAUCAUUCCCCUGGUGGAGCACCUGGAAGACGAACGCUGGGAGGCCAAAAUUGUAGAGCAGAACGGCAAUAAGAUCAAGCUGUCCAUCAACUCUCCAGCCAACGCUGUGAUCGGCCUUUACAGGCUCACUGUGACAACUUCUUCGCUCAAAGGCGACGCCACAACUACUUACACCUCCAGCAAGAACAUCGUCAUGCUCUUCAACCCUUGGUGUGAAGAGGACACAGUGUUCCUGGAUAACGAGGGGGAAAGGAAGGAGUAUGUGCUGAAUGACACUGGGAGGAUUUACUACGGAACGGAGAAACAAAUCGGUGCUCGCACGUGGAAUUUCGGACAGUUUCAUGAGGGAAUCCUGGAAGCAUGUCUGUUUAUCAUGGAGAAGAGUGAAAUGCCGCCAUCUGGUCGAGGGGAUCCGGUCAACGUGGUCAGGGUCAUAUCUGCCAUGAUAAACGCUCAGGAUGACUACGGUGUUCUAGUUGGAAACUGGUCAGGUGAUUACUCUGACGGAGUCUCACCUACGGCGUGGAGCAGCAGCGUGGAGAUCCUGAGGAAAUACCACUCAACCAAUGGAACGCCUGUGUCAUAUGGACAGUGCUGGGUCUUCUCUGGGGUCACUACAACAGUGCUGCGCUGCCUUGGCAUUCCUGCCCGCAGUGUGACCAACUUCCAGUCAGCACAUGAUACUGACGUAUCCCUCACUACAGAUGUGUACCUUGAUGAGAAUUUGGAGCCAAUCGACUACCUCAAUAGAGACUCUGUUUGGAAUUUCCACGUAUGGAAUGACUGCUGGAUGGCCAGACCAGACUUACCUCCAGGUAAUGGAGGCUGGCAGGCCGUAGACGCCACACCCCAGGAAACUAGCCAGGGCACCUUCCGCUGUGGCCCUGCCUCUGUGAACGCCAUCCGCUCUGGCCAUGUCUACCUUAAACAUGACACGCCGUUUGUCUUUGCUGAGGUCAACAGUGACAAAAUUUACUGGCAGAGAAACCUGGAUGGCACAUUUAAACAGAUCUACAGUGAAAAGAAAGCUGUCGGCCACUGCAUCAGCACCAAAGCGGUGGGCUCUGAUAAGCGGGCAGAUAUCACAUCCUUGUACAAACAUGAAGAAGAUUCAGAAGAAGAACGCAUUGCAGUGGAGACUGCAAGUCGCUAUGGCAGCAAGCCAGAUGUCUAUUCCACACCAGUGGCAGAAGAUGUGUCAGUGGAGGUAAAGGUGGAUGGCGAGGGACCCAGGAUGGGUGCUGAUGCCCAGUUGAAAAUUCUGGUGAAGAAUCUAAGCUCACAGCCCCGCCGGGCAACAAUCCACAGCCAGGUGGCUGUCAUGUACUACACUGGAGUGCUGAAGGGCACCAUCAAGAAGGACGAGAUGCCUGUGGAGCUUUCGCCUAAUGAAGAGAAAACCAUUGACUGGGUCCUGCCCUACCAACAAUACCAGAGCCAGCUGGUGGAUCAAGCAGCCUUCAUGCUAACCCUGUGUGGAAGAGUCACUGAAACGAAGCAAGUGCUAGCUAACCAGACAACUUUCAGGCUUCGCACACCUGACAUCACUAUCAAACCUAUUGGAGACGCCGUCGUCGGUAAAGAGAUGGCUGCCAAGAUUACUUUCACCAACCCCCUGCCGUCUACACUGAAGGGAGUGGUGUUCAGAGUGGAGGGCCUGGGCCUUCAGAAGGGCCAUGAGGUGGUCGUGGGUGACGUCGGCGCCCACUCCACAGUGACAGUGACAGAGCACUUCAUCCCCUCCCAACCAGGACCCAGGAAGCUGGUGGUGUCCCUCGACUGUGAACAGCUCUCACAAGUGCAUGGAGUGGCUGACAUUGUUGUUCUUGAACAAUGAAAGGCACCACAAUGAUCAGCUUCUCUCACAACACUUAUUUCUUAUAAAAUAUCAACUGACAAUGCCUCAUCAUGUUAAGUGUGCUAGAUUCCCAUAUCUUGAACUAUACUGUUUGUUUUUUACUGCAGAAAAUGUUUAAUUUUUGAUAUUCAUAAAACUAUUAAUAGAUGAUUUACUGUAGCAUUAUCAGUAUUACUGCUAUUUCUACAUUUUAAAUAAUAGAAAUUCACACUUGUGUCUUGCUGUGGGAGAAUUGUAAUAGACGUUUGACAAAGUGCUUUUUGACUAACAAGGAUUUGUAUCCUUAGACUUCUAAAACUAGUCCAUUUGAAGACAACAAAACCUGUGAAGGUGCAGAAAGUCAGGCCACUUUGAGCUAAUGUAAAUACUAUAUAUGUAGCUAGUCAUAAUGUGAAAAGCAUUGUCUGACAAAGUGAACCUCACAUGGCUUAUAUGAAGGGAGGGGCUGUGACGUGCUUGGAAAGGGAACGAUGCUGACUUUGGCAAAUGUAACGUUUGAAUGUACCAAUUCAGAAAACAGAAAAUGAUGUCGUCUGCAAGGACACGAUUACCACUUAUUUCAACUGUCAAAUGAAACGAAAAGUCCGCCUUUAUUAAAAACCCAAACCCCUCAAAUGUCUGCAUAUUCGAAGAGACCACAGUAGCCUUAGUUCAACUUCUCCUUGUCUCUUUUACUUCAGCACUCAAAGUUUAAUGUGAAGGAAACUAUUUUAAUACCAUUAAACUAUUUAUCUAUCUGGAAUGUUUUGGUUUUUGUAUCAUCUGUGCUGUGUCUUUAAUAAAAGACUGAAAUGAU